AUGGUCGCCGCUGAUCGGAUACAUGACCUCUUAUGUAUCAUCAUCGACACCAACGUCUUGGCUUGGCACGAAUCCGCACAGUCGUCCGAGUCUGGCGAUAGGCUGUCACUCUCAGAAGCACUAGAGACUCUCCUCGUCUUUCUCAAUGCACACCUCGCUCUGCGCGAUCAGAACGAGCUCCUCGUCUACGGCGCAGGUCCAGGCCAUAGCGAGAUGAUCUACUCUUCGUUCGAUGAUCAAGGAGAGUCUAGCGCAGAUCACGCAAGCGAGACCAAUGAGAGAUACGCGAGUACCUUCCCCCGCUUCAGGCAGGUCGACACCCAAGUCAGCAAGGCCGUAGGUCAGAUGAUGCGCGAGCUCGAGCCAGAUACAGACGCUCCACCGGCCAUCGUGAGCGCGCUCGCAAGAACGCUUUGUCACAUCAAUCGCAUCUCGAGAGAGGAGACGAAGCAUACCAUCAAGCCGCGCGUUCUUCUCCUCAGCGUCAGCCACGACUCGUCGAGCCAGUAUAUUCCUCUCAUGAACUGUAUCUUCUCGGCUCAAAAAGCAAAUGUGCCGAUAGACGUUUGCAAGAUCUACGGCGAUGAUGCUGUCUUUCUACAACAAGCCGCCUACCUGUCUAGCGGGAUAUACUACAAGCUAGAGAAGCGUGCGGGACUACUGCAGUAUCUCAUGAUGACUUUUCUGCCGGGCGUGACCUCACGCAAGCUGCUCAAUCUGCCGAGCCAAGACGCUGUAGACCUACGAGCUGCCUGCUUCUGUCACCAAAGGAUUGUCGAUAUUGGCUUUGUUUGCUCGGUCUGCCUGAGCAUCUUCUGCACGCCAAGACCGUCUUGCUUGACGUGUCGGACCAAGUUUCCACUGAGCACACUCAAGAGAUUAGGAUUCGGACCUGCAAAAGGCAAUGCACCGCUCAAGCGUAAGCGACCAGAUGGUGCAAACGGCACUACAAGUCCCGCAACGCCAGCACCCAACACGCCCACUGUAGCGAUAUGACACAGACUGAUGGACAUGCAGUACAACAACACUUGUCGUACAACAGCGCAUUUUGCAAUAUCUACUUCUUUGUGCCGAUCACGAGUACGGCGAAGAGGGUGCCUCCUCGAGCGUAUUGAGACUAGGGUGUGCAGUCUCGACAUUGAAAGGUCGAGUAAGCCUAUUGGUACGGCCCCUGCCAGUGAGGCCGGUGAAGCUACUCUUGGGCCGAGCAGAAGGUCGACUGAUGCGUUGACUGACCUGCUGCUGCUGUUGCGUUUUGACAAAGUUGAUUGUCUCGAAUUGACGGGCGAGAAAUUCUGCCACGCCGGGCUGAGUCCGCAUACGAAGUAUGCGUAAUAGCAUGUCCGCGUUGUCUUCUGCGUCGUGAUCCUUACGCUUCUCUUGCUUCC